AUGGCGUCGACCGGGUUCGCCGUCGACGAUGGGUCGCGGGCCAUGCAGCAGACGAUCGAGAUCCACUACGACGACGUCGUCCUGAGCUCCGCCGACGUCGCUGCUUUCUACGACGUCCGCGCCACGGCCGCCACCAUCGCUGCCAACGGCUACCGCGCUAUCGCGCUCCAGUUCCCGGAUGCGCUCCUGCCCGACGCGCAAAAGGUGCAGUCGCUGCUCAAGGACGCGCUGCGCGGCCAUGAGCUGAGCCGCAUCUUCGUACUUGGCGACACGUCGUACGGCAGCUGCUGCGUCGACGAAGUGGCCGCGCAGCACCUCAAGGCGGACGUUGUCGUGCACUAUGGUCGCGCGUGCUUGAGCCCGACGUCGACGCUGCCCGUCAUCUACGUCUUUGGCAACGCGCCAUGCGAGGUUGACCAGGUCUGCGAUGGCCUAAACGCGACGCUAUGCAGCCUCGAGGAGCCGACGCAGGUCGUCCUCAUGUACGAGCCGUGCUACGCGUACAUUGCCGCGUCGAUGACGUCGGCGCUGGCCGCGCGCCAUGCCGCCACAUCGUUUGUCUGCAGCGUCAUGCGUACCAUGUACAUUCCAGGCGCCACCACGACCGACGACGAGGCGGCCAAGACGACGACGACGAUCGGCGGGAUGACGGUGCCGAUGGCAGCGACCGAGCUCUUCAGCGCGUCGACGACGCUCCUGUACAUUGGCAAGGAGACGUCGCACUUGACCAACAUCUUGCUGCGCUGCGGCGACACGCCGUGCUACUCGUACAACCCGACGACACAGCUGGCGCGGCUCGAAGGCGCGGGGAUCAACCGUACGCUCAACCGCCGGUACUUUCUCGUGCAGCGCGCCAAGGAGGCGCAGAUCAUCGGCAUCCUCAUGGGAACGCUCGGUGUUGCCAAGUACCUCGACGUGGUGCACACGAUGCAAGACUUGAUCGCCAAGAGCGGUCGCAAGUCGUAUACCUUUGUCGUUGGCAAGAUCAACGUGCCCAAGCUCUCCAACUUUGCGGAAAUCGACCUCUUUGUGCUUGUCGCGUGCCCUGAAAACUCGCUUUUCGACAGCACCGACUAUUUUAAACCCAUCAUUACGCCGUACGAGCUGCAAUUGGCACUCGACGACGACGCCGAGUGGACGGCGCAGUACAAGUCGGACUUUGAAGAAGUGCUGCCGGCUCUCGAAGCCACCGCCGCGACGAUCGAAGAUGCACCAGUCUCGGACGAGCCGUACUUUUCGCUCGUCACGGGCACGUACAUGUCGAGCCGCCAUGGCGCUGCCUCCGACGACGACGACGAGAAUGAGGAUGCAGAGAAUGACGCCGCGACGACGGCGCUGGUUGCGAAGGACAACCAUCAGCUCUCCGUGUACAAGAGCGAAGCCGCCGAGUUUCUCAAGACGCGCGAGUACCGCGGCCUCGAGCCGCGCCUCGGAGAGACCGCCCCGCACGCUGCAGUCCAAGGCGCUAUUGGCAUUGCGCGCGGCUACGACCACGAGCACUAAAAGUAUCAAUGUAUCGUCGAUCUUUCAAGCUGA